CGGAUGGAUGCUGCGGGAAGGGGCUGCCAUUUGCUGCCCCUGCCAGCGGCGCGCGGACCUGCCCGCGCUCCCGCCGCCUCCAGCGCCCUCAGCCCGCCCGGCCUUUGCAGCGGCACCGCCUCGGCUUCCUCCGCGGCCGCCGGAGCGGUCGCCAUGAACCCCAGCUCCUCGGCGGGAGAGGAGAAAGGGGCGACGGGCGGCAGCAGCAGUAGCGGAAGCGGCGCCGGGAGCUGCUGCCUAGGCGCCGAGGGCGGUGUGGACCCGCGGGGUGCAGGGGCAGCCGCCGCCGCUGCCCUGGAGGAGCCCGCGGCCGCCGCACAGAAGGAGAAGGAAGAGGCGCUGGAGGAGAAGCUGAGGGACUUAACUUUCCGGAAGCAGGUCUCUUACAGGAAAGCCAUCUCCCGGACAGGCCUCCAGCACCUGGCCCCUGCACAUCCUCUUGGCCUUCCUGUGGCAAACGGUCCAGCAAAGGAGCCCAGAGCGACUUUGGACUGGAGCGAGAAUGCUGUGAAUGGGGAACACCUGUGGCUGGAGACCAACGUCUCAGGCGAUCUCUGCUACCUGGGGGAGGAGAACUGCCAAGUCCGAUUUGCAAAAUCCGCUCUCAGGAGGAAAUGCGCGGUCUGCAAAAUCGUGGUCCACACUGCCUGCAUUGAGCAACUAGAGAAGAUUAACUUCAGAUGUAAGCCAACGUUUCGGGAAGGCGGCUCUAGAUCACCAAGAGAAAACUUUGUGCGUCAUCACUGGGUCCACAGGCGGCGGCAGGAGGGAAAAUGUAAGCAGUGUGGUAAGGGCUUCCAGCAAAAGUUCUCCUUCCACAGUAAAGAGAUCGUGGCCAUCAGCUGUUCUUGGUGCAAGCAGGCGUUUCACAAUAAGGUGACCUGCUUCAUGCUGCAUCACAUUGAGGAACCCUGCUCCCUGGGGGCUCACGCUGCUGUGAUUGUCCCACCCACCUGGAUCAUUAAGGUGAAGAGACCUCAGGCUCUCAACACUUGGUCAAACAUCUAUUAUAUGGUGAUCUCCAUACCAGGAGAUGAACUUGAACUUGGUUGGGCGGGAGACGGACCUGGUUGGGCGGGAGACUGGAGCCCCUCAGAGAAUUUGGGAUUCUUCCAUUUUUACUGGGAGGGUUGGCAGAACUCCCUGAAGGCGUCUAGUCGGAAGAAGAAAAGAACAAGCUUUAAAAGGAAAGCCAGUAAAAGAGGGACGGAGCAGGAAAACAGAGGUCGUCCUUUUGUGAUCAAGCCCAUAUCCUCUCCUCUCAUGAAGCCUUUGCUUGUGUUUGUGAACCCGAAGAGUGGGGGCAACCAGGGAACCAAAGUCCUGCAGAUGUUCAUGUGGUACCUGAAUCCACGGCAAGUCUUUGAUCUUUCUCAGGAAGGGCCAAAAGAUGCGCUGGAGUUGUACAGGAAGGUACCAAAUCUGCGAAUUCUGGCUUGUGGAGGGGAUGGAACGGUGGGCUGGAUCCUCUCCAUCCUGGAUGAGCUGCAGCUGAGCCCACAGCCUCCUGUGGGGGUGCUUCCCCUGGGGACUGGGAACGACCUGGCUCGGACCCUCAACUGGGGAGGGGGCUACACGGAUGAGCCUGUUUCUAAGAUCCUGUGCCAGGUGGAAGACGGGACCAUUGUACAGUUGGACCGCUGGAACCUCCACGUGGAGAGAAACCCAGAUCUGCCGCCCGAAGAACUUGAAGAAGGCGUGUGUAAGCUUCCUCUGAAUGUCUUCAAUAAUUACUUCAGCCUCGGAUUUGAUGCUCACGUCACCCUGGAGUUCCAUGAAUCUCGAGAAGCAAAUCCAGAGAAAUUCAAUAGUCGUUUUCGAAAUAAAAUGUUCUAUGCAGGGGCAGCCUUUUCCGAUUUCCUACAGAGAAGUUCUAGAGAUCUAUCUAAACACGUCAAAGUUGUUUGUGAUGGGACAGAUCUCACCCCAAAGAUCCAGGACCUGAAGUUCCAGUGUAUAGUAUUUUUAAAUAUACCCAGAUAUUGUGCUGGCACAAUGCCUUGGGGGAACCCUGGAGAUCACCAUGACUUUGAACCCCAGCGUCAUGAUGAUGGCUACAUUGAAGUCAUCGGAUUCACCAUGGCCUCUUUGGCUGCCCUGCAAGUUGGGGGCCAUGGAGAAAGGCUGCACCAGUGUCGGGAAGUGAUGCUUCUGACUUACAAGUCCAUCCCCAUGCAAGUAGAUGGGGAACCAUGUAGGUUGGCACCCGCCAUGAUUCGGAUCUCCUUGAGGAAUCAGGCCAACAUGGUACAGAAGAGCAAGCGGAGAACCUCCAUGCCUUUGCUCAAUGACAUCCAUCAGGUGCAAGCUGCGGACCUGCGGCGAGUGUCUGCUCCCCCCGGCUCCUUCACCAUUCCCCAGUCUGUCCCAGAUCGUCUGAGGAUCCGAGUGAACAAAAUCAGUUUACAAGACUAUGAAGGACUCCACUACGACAAAGAGAAACUCCGGGAAGCUUCCAUCCCACUGGGUAUUCUAGUUGUUCGUGGAGACUGUGAUUUGGAGACCUGCCGUAUGUACAUAGACCGCCUGCAGGAGGACUUGCAGUCAGUUUCUUCUGGGUCACAGAGAGUUCAUUACCAGGACCAAGAAACCCCCUUCCCCAGGGCGCUCUCAGCUCAGAGGCUGUCCCCUCGCUGGUGCUUCCUGGAUGCAACUUCUGCUGACCGCUUUUAUCGAAUAGACAGAUCUCAGGAACAUUUGCACUUUGUGAUGGAGAUUUCUCAUGAUGAGAUUUUUAUUCUGGACCCAGAUAUGGUGGUGUCACAGCAGGCAGGGACACCGCCAGGAAUGCCUGACCUGGUGGUUGAGCAGGCUUCUGGGCUGUCUGACUGGUGGAACCCUGCCCUGAGGAAACGCAUGCUGAGUGACAGUGGGCUGGGGAUGAUCACACCCCACUAUGAGGACUCAGAUAUGAAAGAUCUCAGUCACUCCAGAGUGCUACAGUCACCAGUCUCUUCAGAAGAUCAUGCAAUUUUGCAGGCAGUAAUAACUGGUGAUCUUAUGAAGCUCAUAGAAAGCUAUAAGAACGGAGGCAGCUUGUUAAUUCAGGGACCAGACCACUGUUCACUCCUUCACUAUGCAGCUAAAACUGGCAAUGGGGAGAUUGUGAAGUACAUCCUUGACCAUGGACCUGCAGAAUUAUUGGAUAUGGCAGACAGUGAAACGGGCGAGACCGCACUGCACAAGGCCGCCUGCCAACGAAACCGGGCUGUUUGCCAGCUUCUGGUGGACGCAGGAGCAUCUCUGAGACAGACAGACUCCAAGGGAAAGACACCCCAAGAACGAGCACAGCAGGCUGGGGACCCAGAUCUGGCUGCUUAUUUAGAAAGCCGACAGAACUAUAAGGUCAUUGGCCAUGAGGACCUGGAAACUGCCGUUUGACCCUGGUUGACAGGCAAAAAGAACUCGUGCAAGCGUAUUACCUACGCCCUCCCAGCCACUGGGCAGCUCCCCUGGAAGAAGCUAAUGGAAUCCAUAUCCGCCUCUCUCCUGCAAGGAUCUAUCUGAGACCACACUACCAGGUUUUAAGGGCUACCGGGAUGUACAACAGGACAUGAUAGCCCGUUGAGAAAGAGGCAGGCUACCUGGAGAUUUGUGGAGUACACGCUCCACAAAAUUUGAUCCUUAUUGCUUCCAGCAAGUAGCAUGAACUUCUGUGUUCACCUGUCUAAUUUAUUUUAACGAUUCUGAGGAUGUUCACAUAAAUGGCACUGCCCUCUCCUCCCUCUCUGCAUUCAUCUUUCCCCAGUACCACAUAACCCUACUGUAAUCACCCAUCAAUUUAGACAAUCUACUAUCUCUUCUCUUUGCUUUCAGUCUUCCAACCACAAGGUUGUCUGAAGGUCUUUGAACCCUCCUGGAUGUCUUGCAGAAUUAUAUCUGUAAAACCACUCCAUUUGCAGACUAAAUAUACCAAGACUAGUUAGUGGCUUUGCAUGCCUCCUAACCCCUCUGGUUUUUAUCACAUAGGAGCUGGGUAGUGCCAACUUGUGUCCUCCAUCUACGAGGUAUGGUGAAGCAGCAUGGGCGCUGUCUGUGCUUGAAGUACUUGAGAGAGGUUUCCCAGGGAAGUUGGGCUUUUGGUAAUAGGAAGGACUGGUUCAGCUUGGGCUGUUUGUACAGCUCCACACUGCCUAUGUGUAGUCAUCUUUGCCUUCUGCUGUAGUCAAGAUGAGUCAAGGGGUCAAUGAAGGCCCAUAGCUAGUCUACAGAGCCAUGUGAUUCUGAGUGCUAUUUCAAAGGUGGGGUUGGACUUGUCUAGGACAGUGGUUAUAGGGAAUGGAGCAUUAAAUGUUUAAUCCUAAGCUUUUUAAAGUGAUAAUAGAAAGAAGUCUAACUGACUUGAAAAAAAAUAGCAAAACUAAAAGUAGCAAUGUAUGUUACAACGAUAUACUUUGGUAGGAAAACAGCCUUUGGCAUUGUGGGCUGAGGCUAAUCACUACAGGCGCAGGGAUACAGUGGUGAAAGGGGGGCUCAUGUUUGUUUUUCUAAGAGUUCAGUUUUCAUGAUGUCGAGGAAGGCUUGACCCGAGGACCAAGCCUCAUUUCAGCAUUCUGUAGUCAGACUCUCAGGAUGUCUGGUCCCUCCUAAUCUGUGCUUCAUCUGUGACGUGUUAGGUUCUGAGGUCAUGUCUGAUGACCCUAUUGUCCAUGUAUUUGUGUGUGGGGGGGUCAACUAAGCUCUUUUCCCUACUUUAUUUUCUCCUGUCACAAGCUUCUUAUAUAAGCCACUGUGGCAGAAAUGUUUCAUGAGACUGUCACUUCUGGUCAUGCCAUGGAUCUGGAGGGAUCAGGUAAUAAGGAGAAGAAAACAAAAUCACUUUCUUUUCAAAACUCUCCUUGGCUUAGGUGUAGGUCACAGAUACAAGUGGUGUAUCUGGGGGCUUUUCUUUCUGCUUCCUUCCAUUUUUCUCUUGAGUACAGGAGAAUGUUUUCCUCUGUGUUUCUGCAUGUGAACUUUAACCUCACUGUCCAAUGGAGACACAGCGUUCAUCAGAAUCACAUAGCAUCAUUUUGAAAGGACAGACAUGGUGUACCAUGCUAAGUGGAAGCAGGCUUUGAGUAGGUAGGGAUUUCAUUACCAGAGACUCCCUAUAGUCAUUUCAAGAUCAAACUUGGCAUCAUUCCAAGCUGGGGGGAAAUGGGUUGUUGGCUAAGAGUAAUGUGUUUCUAGGCAUCCAUCUCAGAACUGGAACUCUCUCUUGGAUUUUACAGGAAGGGAGAGCAGAGGGUCUGGACUCGAUUGUUUCCAGGAGCUGCAGUCACUGGGUUUCUGUUAGGAGUGUUUCAGUUGUUGGGGCUGUCAAGGAAAUAUUGUGAUGACAAAUAUAAUCCCUAGAACGGGCUGGAACCUGGCUUCGAGUGGAGCCCUCCAUCUCCUAGAUUGCGCCAAACAGUUGGCUCAGCAGUUGGUUAUCCAGCUGGCCACUGCCGAGACAUGGGACGACUGUAUUUUCAUCAACCACCAUCUCACAUUUCUCAGAGAAUGCUUCAAAACGGCCAGAAAAAAUUUAGGAGAGACGUGCCUAUGGGCCAAAUUCAAUAACUCCAUAAGACACACAAAUCCCUGGCUUGAAAGUAGAUGCAGUGCUGACUACUGGAAAGGUCCUGAUGCUGUAGAACUUUCCCCCCUCAAAAAAAAUAGAAAAAAAAAAUAGAUGCCACAUGAUUGUGGAGGAGCAAUAUACAUGAUCCAUCUCUGGAAAUAAAUUAGCACCUCUAAGACUUGGGGUUUCAAAAGCAACGUGAGCGUAGAUGUCACAGAUUUCAGCAUUAAGUCUACCUCCUGUAGGAUAUUUGUUUUUAGUUAUUUGUUGUAUGUGAUAAUUGUGAGCAUUAGAAAGAGCUAAAGCCAUGUGGUCCAGGAGUGUCUGCCUCUGCUUAAGUAUCUAGUGCCUCAUUAGUGAGCCAACUGGAGGUACAGAAGAAAAUGGUACAAACUUUCUCAUAAAAAUACGUACCUAUGGUAAACAAUUUUUAUGCAUCCCCCUGGGAUUCUGUUGCAAGAACAGCCAGCCUAGCUGAUUCUCCUGGAUCCAGUCCCUUGUGCUGUGGAACUGUCUUCUUUGGAAUUCCUCCUUAAAUUAGGCUGGUGGAAGGAUGAAAAAUGAAGUGCUAUUAAGACAGAACUCCAGAGCUGUAAAGGUAAUCAUUUUAGUAACCUUGUAUUAUGCAGACCGUGAACUAUUAGCCCAAUUCUUGCCCCUACUGCAUUCAGCAACAGAGACCAGGAGAGGAUUAGUUAGCCUAGAAGGCUUAGUAGUGUGACUGGGAAUCUUGCCUUGAGAUUUCUGGUCACCCCCAUAGAGGUGUUGAUUGAAACCCAGUGGGAGUUCUAAAGCAGAAUUCAGCUGCAGCGACAUUAGUAAGAACUGGUGUAAGGCUCCCUUGUCCUGCUGCCUUCUUGCCAGAAACUGCCCAGGCAGAUUUGUCUGGACUCUGAGAUGCUCAGCAGGGCAUUGCUAUCCACUGGGACCUAGCAGAGACUCCUUUGCCUAGUAGAUCUCUGAAAUGUACUUACUAGAAUCCCUAGGAUAUUUAAGUCUAAGAAAAUAAGGGGUGGCAGUUACAUUUUAUCACACAUCAGUUGUAUGAGCACACAUUUAAGGUGUGGAAGUAGCACACGCAUUUUUAUAAAAUUUCUAUUUAACUCCACAGGAAGUACCACUUUCAGCAUGAAGGGAUUGGGUCCUCUGCUGGUGUAUCUCGGUACCCAGCAAGAAACACUGUCAAUGUGGACAAACAUGAUUGCUUGUAUGUUAUGUCAGAAAUACCUUGCAAAUAUACACACAUAUCUGUACAUGUACACACAUAUCCAUCCAUACCUAAAUAGAAAUGUAUUUAUUUGUAUACAUAUAUGGGCAUAUAUGCCAUAUUCACAUAUUGCAUAUGUUUAGAAAAGAAGAUAUUUUGAAAGCAUGCAAGUCAUCUUUAUGUGUACAGUUAACACUAGUAGACAAUAAUUGGUACAGUAACAGAAUUUCAUUUAAUUGUUAUUUCCUCCAUUCCUGAGCUGGCUUCUCUCUCUGCAUCACUGUAGUUGUACAUGGCAUUGGCUAUUGUCAGAGUCAUACCUUCCAUGAUCAGUAAGUCUACUGAUUAUUUACAUGUUGCUUUCCAUGAUGCGCAGGACCAACCUUAGCUCUGUGGAUUGUCUCUUUUUGGAUCUCAAGGAAGUAAAGGAGAAUUCUUUCUUCCAUGAUCCCCUCGCUGCUUUAAAGCUGAGUUGGUAAGAUCAGCACCUAGUCUGCUUUCCAAUGUUAUUUAACUAGAGCAAGCUAUUGUCAGGAAAGGGUAGAUGCUUGGGUGUGGUCUGGGGGUUGAAGCAGCUUGUCUUCCAGUAGGAGAAGCUAAUUAAAUCAUGGAGCACAGCAUGCUGUUUUAUUCAGUUUUGCUCUUUAAAAGUAAAAAUAGAAUUUUGUUAAAAUGGCUCAUCAUAACCCCCAACUAAGACUGCUAAUUGUUCUGUGCAAAACCAAAUUAUAUUCAUGUUAGGAAAAGAAAGACCGUGUAUUAAAUUAACUAUCUGAACACACUGUAAUGAGUAUUUAGUAUAAACUCCCUUCUGCCCACAUCGCAAAAACCAUUGGCUUUCAAUCUCUUGGUGUUUCUCGGCACUGAACUUCAUAUUCAGCUGAUAAAAUGACCUCUUUCUAUGUUCCAGUCAUCUCUCAUUUUCUGUCCCCUAGUUCUCUGGCUGAGAGAUUUCUAGCACUUCUGUCUAUUGCUUUGUUUCACAGCUGCCUAAAUCUUCUCCAGACGUUAUGAUUGAAAUAUAUCAACAUGAAGUUUCCCUCUGGGGCAAGUACCCUUCUUUCCCAAAGGACAGGUACAUGCCUACUGACCUUGGCCAUUCUAUAGAAUUACAACAAGUUGAUUCAUAGAAGCAGUCUGUGAGGUUUAAUUUAGUUUUUGUUCCAGUCACUUGAGAGGUCACAAUCAUAGAUAUUUCUUGCAUUUCAUACAGUGUAAGUGGCAUGUGCUUUUAACAUUACCCAGAGGACAGGAUUAUAUAUGGGUUAUACUCUUGAGAGCCAUCUGUGGUUUCUUAAGGUUGUUAAUGCCAUUUAAUGAGAAACCUAAAAAUAGAAAUAAGCAAAAGAUACCAUACUGGACAACCCACUCAUCCAGAAGAUUGAAAUUCAUUACUCUUGUCCCAAAGAGGAGUCAGAGAACGACCAUAAAGCUUUAAAGCAAAUACUUUACAGUAGAAAUUUGAGUGUUGGUUGAUGUGUUUCCCCAGGAAGCACUCAUUAUACAUACAUUCAAUCAUGCUCAUCCAAUAAUACAUUCAAAAACCCAUCAUAUUUGCAAGUAUUUCAACAUUUCUUUCAAAAUAUUUAUCACUCACUGUGAUGCAGACACCACAAUAAGAAUAUUGCUAUCUAUGAAUGCAAAGGAUAAAUGACUUCCUUAGCAGACAGGGAACAAAGGACAAACUUAAAUAGUUUGUUAAGUUCCAUGUGUUGUAUUCAGGGUACCUCAGCAUGCCCUGAAAGUUCACAAUGGUCUUUGUUAUUCUUGUUACCCUUUGGCUGGCAUAAUUUACUUCUGUGCAGGCAAAUGCAAUGGUAUUAUUUUAUAUUUCCAGUUCCCUGGAAUCCUGGUAAUGUUCUUAAAAAUACAGUUGAAACUUUGGCAUUAAAAUGAAACUUAGAAACCCAACUUAAGUAAAGGCUAAGAUUUAUUUAACACAGCUCUCAUGAGCUAACCCAGGAAUAAUAAGCAGAAUUUUCAGUGGGUUUUGAUUAAAUGUAAAGAAGAUGAAGUAUGAGUUGCCAAAUAGUGCUGUGGGCACCCGUACAGAGUUACAAACUUUCAGCAUCUGGAAACAUUUAGAUUGAGGGUAUUUGACCAUCUUUAGACAUGUCACUAGUUAGGAUUUGUGAUCUGAAGGGCUGCAAAUUAGAUUGUCAUUUUCUUUACCUCACUUUGAAAACGGCUUUGUCCGGAGGCAACAUUUGAUCUUAAAAAUUAACGAGAACUUUAAUUUCUUAAUUAAAAUAUUGCUUUUCACAUGA